AUGCGCGGGCAAGCCCCGCAGCGAGCGCGCGCGUACGCCCGCUCGCCGGAGCACAUCCCCCGCGCCGCCUCGCCGCAGCGGACGCCCUCGGUGCGCCGACGCGCGGGGCUCGCCCUGAAAGGGGCCUGCUGGGAGCCUGCGGCCGCCGCGCUAGCCGCGGACCGCGGUGUGGCCACGGGCGGCUCCCCCGCGGGAGGGCUGGCGCGGCCCCGCUCCUCCACGGGCGCACGGCUGCGGGGCAGCUGGCGGCCCCUGGACGCGGCCGCGGCUCGCCGGGGCCCCGCCUUCACGGAGCUCUGCGCCCAGGAGGGCAUCGCGGUGGCCGACCUGGGCCCCGCGGUGGCCGCGGGAGGCGCCGUCGCCUGGCCUUCGGAGGGCGCCAGCGGCUCGAAGGCCAGCCGCGCGGGGCCCCCGCCGUCGCCCCGGAAGGCCGCCGCGGCCGCCCCAGAGGCGCCAGCCAGCAGUGCGGGCGGUGCCGUAGCGCACGCUGGCGGCGUCGCCGGGGCCCUGGCCGCCACCAGGACCCCCAGCCUGCCGUCGCGCCCUGCAAUGCGAGCCGUGUCUGCCAGCCCGCCGGCGCGGCCGAUGACGGCUGGCGCCUGCCGGCCGGCUGCGGGGACACCGCAGCGCCUGGCGCGGAAGGCGGUGGCGUCGGCACCGAUGGUGGGCCUCGUGGGCCUCGGGCUGCGGCGGUCCAGCGGCUCGCCCUCGCCGUGGGAGCGCGGUGCGCCCAGCGCCGGCGCGCGGGACUUCAGCAGGUUCGGCCAGGCAGGGGCGCUCACGGUCGCGAAGUGCGAGCCUCAGGAGAGCACAGCGGGAGGGACCGUGGCGGAGGACGCCCCGGCGGGCUUCGGCCUGAACGGCGGAGGCGAUGCCGCCCCCUCGCGGCCCACGGCGGCCACCGCCCUCGCGCACCGGGCGUUGCCCGGCGGCGGCGGCCUGAGGCAGCCCUCCCGGUCCUCGCCGGCCUUGGGGCAGCCGCGCGGCUGGGCCCAGCGGGUGCCGGCGGGCGCGGUGGACACCGCCGUGGACCCCGUGGCGGCCUCCGUGGCCUCGUGGGCCUCGCCGCCGGCGUCGGUCGCCUGCAGGCUGGCCGCGCUUCGCCGCGCGGGCGACCCGCGCGUGGAGGCGGCGAGCCGUGGCAGCUCGAAGGAGCGCGACGGCGAGGCCAGCAGGCGCGCCUCGCGCCGAGGCAGCGAGGCGGCGGUGCUGGGCCGCUGCGGGCCCCCGCUGCGACCACGCCCCUGGCACGGGCGGCGCUCGCGGCGCCAGCGAGGGGCGGCGGGCGGCCGCCCGGAGGACGUGGAGGUCGAGACGCGGCGCGGCCUCGCCCUGGGCCGCAGCCGCGCUUCUCCUCGGGAGCGUCCCCGCGGCCCCUUGGCUGGGGCGCGUCGCCUGACCGCCGCCCGCCGCGGGCACGGGCGCGCGCGGGCGCCCCUCCCCCCCCCGGGAGGCCUGGCGCCUCGGAGAAAUCGGGGGCUGUGA